UCAGUCGACUUUCCUUCCCCCUCUCCCCCCCAAUUCUCCAGGCACCCGUGGCUUUUCGUAGGGUUAGAUGACUCUUUAUUCUCGGUCGGAUAUGCGCCCUCCCUCGCUCGCUCAAACAUACCUUCAUCUUUAUGCUCAGAGCGCAUCUUCGCUCUUCUUGAGUUGAUGCACAGACGCUGCUGUGCUAACCCCCGACUUGACAGUCUCAUUCUCUCACGCACUGCUCAGCGCCUUAUCAUACAUAGUAGUAAACCUAUUUCUCUGCCCUGCUGCUCAGCGUCGGCCGGCAGACUGACAAAACCACUUGAGGCUGAGACUCCAUCAGCAGGCACUCCCAUAAGGUUGCCCUCUUUCUCUCUCCCACUAUCCGAUUGUUUGGUCGUGCCUCGGAGGCUCCUUAAUGCUGUGCUGUUCCUGCAUCGGUGCCUCGCAGAUUGUUUCCCUUGUUUCUUUUCCCCCUUCACCCUCUCACGCCUCCGGCUGCACACGUACAUCACGAUUCGAACCCUGCCCCUCAUUACCAGCCUGACCACGCUCAGCCUGUCAGCCAUCUCUCACCACCGACCUAUUUGUCUGCCUGCCUUGCUUACCUGGCACCUCCGGAAAUAUACGUCAUUUCACACCAAAUCCACGUAUCUGAACCAACAAGCCUAUCUUGGCUGAAUCCUACUCCACCUUUGUCUGCCACAUCGACUCUAUUGAGUGGCCUGGAGUGCUGCGUGUCGAGGAGCACCACCACAAGCAGGGCAUUCGCAUCCUCGUGCGACCGCUCACCCGGAGCCGCUCCGUGAGCCCGGGAAACUACAACUGCCAGUGGC